UGACCUGAAGGGGCGGGAGAAAGUUGGCUCCUGAUAGUCAACCCAGGCUUUGUCCUGCAGGACAAAGCCCACUGUCAGGACAAAGCCCACUGUCAGGACAAAGCCCACUGACAAAUCUCCCUGACAACCUCUGGGAAGUAAUUCUCCAUUGAGACCCUGCAGUCCAGCCAGCUUUGUCCCUUACACAGACAUCAUGCUUCCUCUGAUGCCAUCGGGAGCUGGACCAAAUCUCCCUGACCCUGGAUGAGCAGCCAGAAACCAUCAGCUAGCUGAGACCUGUCUGGGCCUCCGUCUCCAAACACAGGACUUUCAAGACCCACCAGAGGCUGAGAACCCUGGCUGGCAACAUCCAUUAUCUGAUUAGCCUCUCUAGACAGUUGUAUCCGGCGGGGCUGCGCAAAUGAUCAGCGAGGCUGAAACAAUGAUUCUGCAUUUUUUUUUUCCUUUCUGACCAGAGUCAUCUUUUAAAAUAAAAGCAUGUGUGUUUCCUGUAGUCAUUUCCCCAGUUUCCUUUCCACCUUUUUAAAAAAGGGGUGACCUUCAUACGUUAGUCAUGAGCCCAAGUCCCCUUGGAGGAGUCAACUUUCUGCUCGAUGCCUCCACCUCCUGCUUCCACCAUGAGGCGUGUCUUUCUGCCCUGGGCGGCCGCCGCUGUCUUCUUGCUGGGACAUGCGAACACUUCAGGGAAAACCAAACCGGGAAGCGCAUUGCAGCUUCAGGUGAUCAACUUUAAUUUUGAAACCGUGCAGGUUACCUGGAACACAAGUGCAUACGCUGGGAUUAAUUUCACGUUCGUUUACAAAUUGGAUAAAAAGGAGGAAUACAGACCAUGCUCCAGCUAUAUCCUUCAACACGGCUACAGCGCCGGGUGCCUGCUGGAGGUGCAAAGAGAUGGGCCUCUGUAUUUUUCCAUCCGGAAUGGAACACAGCCUCUUCUCACCAAGAACCUGGCGAUCAGUGCUUACCUGAAACCCAGAUCCCCCGGCGACCUGAGCUUCCAGUGGCGCGAGGAGGCCGUGACGGUGACCUGCUCCAACCUGGGAUACAACGACCUCCAGUAUGAAAUCCAGCACAAGACCGUCUUUGACGCUGUGUGGCAGUCCGCAGAGGCUGAGACCUGCAACGUCACCGUCGACAGUCUGGAUCCUGAGAAGUGUUAUUUCUUCCGGGCCAGGGUGAAAGCCCUGGAGUUUGCCUACGGCUCAGAAACGUACCCCAGUGACUGGUCAGAGGUGACGCACCAGCAGAGGGGUGAGCUGCGAGAUUCGUGCUGGGAAAACGGCCUUUUCCCCAAGUUUAUUUUAAUUGCUGGCAUGGUCUCCUUCCUGACAGUCUUCCUUCUGCUUCUGUCUCUAUGGAAACUACACAGGAUCAAGAAGGUUCUCAUGCCCAGCGUUCCUGAUCCCAGGUUCUCCUUCUUGGGGCUCUUUGAGUCCCACCAAGGCAACUUCCAGGAGUGGAUCAAGGACACGCAGAACGUGGCGCCCUUGAACAAAAUGGAAGAUGGGGAGCUGGAGUGCACCCCUGAAGACGCCGUGGUGGUCCAGCCGGCCGAGGCUGAGACGCCCAAGACCGUGGGGAUGACGAGCCCCCUGUACCCACAGAUGGGGGAGGAAGAGGCCACCGGGGACUCUGGCCUGCUCCCUUGCCAGCCACCCCAGGGCCACGGGGUGGUCUCUCUUGGGGAUUUCACGUUUGUGAUGGAUGACAACUCUUAUAUGAUGUUAUGAGGGGGUGCAAACUCACAAGCCAACAUCCCAGUCUACCUUGAUGCUUGACGACCUGGGAGAACAUCUUGGGAGCCAAAAAAACCACCACAAAGGGGACUCCCCAGAACCAAGGAUGCUGACGUCUAAGGUCACCCAGUGCUCCAAAGCCCCAACCCGUGUCUGAGGUCACCCAGCACCCCUACACCCCCAACCAAUGCAUCCCAUUCAUGCCGACGUCCAAGGGCUUGAAGGUGGACUGCCGCUUGGUCGGGCUGGUUCUUGCUGUCUCCUGGCUCACAUGAAUCAUAAGGGAAGACGACCAAGACCGGCCUGCGCUGCACAUGCCCGCCCGCCCCGUCCUUCCCAUAUUUCCACUCGCAACCGGUUCCUGCUUCAUUUGCCAGUCACCACACGUGCCCGGCAGGCGAGGUGCAGAACGCCUGCUUUACUGGCACCAGCCGCCCGCCUCCCGCCCCAGACAGGCAGAAAAGCCCCUUCCUGCAAUCACCAAGGCCUUUUUGCAAAGCAGGGUUCCGUUUAACCAGCGACUCAGGACCUUGCUCCUGAGAGAUACUUGAACGUGACGACGCUCUGCAGGAACAAAGCGUCCCAGGUUGAAUAGACGUUAUUGUUUCUUUUUCGAUACUGAAAUUUUUUUUAAAGAGUACGCAGGAUAACUCUGGUAGAAUGUAAGUGGUUGCUGCUGUUCAUGGAGACCAGAAGAUGCCAGCUGGAUCCCCUUAGACUUCAGGUACAGGAGCUUUCUAGACGUCGAGAGUAUUGAUUUCUCAGGUGUUUUUUUUUUUUUAUUUUUUAAUUUUCAGGCUGGCACUGAAUUAAUCUUGUCUGUGUUUUCAGGAUGCAGGAAACAAGCUUGAUCAGAUAGACCUGGAGUCUGUGUGUGUGUGUGUGUGUGUGUGUGUGUGUGUGUGUCUGUGUGGUGUCGAGGAUGUCUAAUUUAGCAGAAUGUCUCCCCAUUCUGGAAAACUGCUCCACAAAGGUACAAAUGAAAGAAAUCACCUUUAUCAGUGAACAAACAGCAAGCCAGUGUGAAGUGAAAAAUACCUCCUGCCGUGUCAAAUAAAGGAGACGUGUCACAGCCAUCAGCGAUUUCUCCCCUCCGAGUUGGAAUGUUGGUCAGUGGCCAGAUCAUGUCUGACUGUUUGUGACCCCCUGGACUGCAGCACACCAGGCCUCCCUGUCCAUCACCAACUCCUGGAGUUUACUCAAACUCAUGUCGAUUGAGUCGGUGAUGCCAUCCAGCCAUCUCAUCCUCUGCCACCCCCUUCUCCCGCCUUCAAUCUUUCCCAGCAUCAGGGUCUUUUCCAGUGAGUCAACUCCUUGCAUCAGGUGGCCAAAGGAUUGGAGUUUCAGCUUUAGCAUCAGUCCUUCCAGUGAAUAUUCAGGACUGGUUUCCUUUAAGAUGGAUUGGUUGGAUCUCCUUGCAGUCCAAGGGACAAAUAUUAAUGUGAGCUCCUAAAACUGUGAGUCAGAAGACACCAUCCCCCCUGCCCCUCCCCCACCCCCCGCCACUCCAUGCCCACGGUGAUCGCUAAGGGGCUGAGGGGCUGAGGAAAAUGCAAGAAUCAGCCAUCUGUGACCUCUUUCACUCCUUAAGGUGACCGAGGAAACAGGCUUGGCCCCAGACAGCCGAGGUGCCUUUGAAAGGAGUGAAUUCAGUGAGCCCACAAGCUUGCAUCCUCCCUUACAUGGAAUGCUAAAUUCCUUCCCUUGAUAUCUGAUCUUUGAGUUCAGACCUGUCUGUUCCCUUCGUUGCAGACUUGUAUACAGCCUGACUCCCCCUCAUGCCUCCUCAGAGCUGUGUCCUCAGAGCUACGGAGAUGCUGGCUCGGAGUCCUGCACACACUCCCACCGAAUAAAAUAACCAUCUGCUUUCA